GCGGCAUUGGCCCCAUCGGUAGCAAACAUUCACAUGAUUGACUUUGAAAACAAACAUUUUUUUUCUGAAUCUAACCCCUUUACAAAUGACAUCAUUCUGAUUAAAAGAUACAUUGAUGAUUUGCUCAUAAUUUUUAAAUCUGAAGCAACAUGUAUUGCAUUCCAAGAAUGGGUGAACACAUUGGAUUCCCAUCUAAAAUUUACUUGUCAGUAUCACAAAAAAGAAAUUCCAUUUUUGGAUGUAGUGGUCUACAUUUCAAAUAGAAACACCUUGGCAUUCAAACCACAUAAGAAAUUAACGGAUUGUUACUCCCUACUCCAUUACUCUUCAAGUCACCCUUCUCAUUUAAAAAGAAAUUUACCAUACGGACAGUUAAUCAGACUGAAAAGGAAUGCUACAGACAAGAGAGACUAUAGAAAUGCGGCUCAUCAGCUAGAAAAAGCUCUCGUUAACCGGGGCUACCCUAAUUGUAUCAUACAGGACGCAUACAGACGUGUAGACGGUCGCAAUCGAAAAAAUUUGCUUGAAACACGGUCUGAUAGCAUUAAAAACAGAAAACCCAGCCGCCUGGUCAUGGGGAUGGAUUUCACACCCCUGGCCAGCCACAUUAGAAAUAUUAUAUAUAAACAUUGGCAUAUUGUGGAAGACAUACCUGGCUGUAAAGAUCCCCCCCUUUUAGGGUUGAGGAAGAAAGGAACUUUGCGCAAUCAAUUGGUCAAAGCUGAUUGUUUGGAAUCACCAUCCAUUGUCACUAAAGGCCACUAUAGAUGCGGCUCAUGCAAUAUGUGCCCCUACAGUUUACAAGUAAAAGAAAUAAAAAGUGAACAUAUGCAGUUCACUUUUAAAAUCAACUCCAUGACCACAUGCAACUCCAAGAACGUAGUUUAUUGCAUACGGUGCCCUUGUAACAAACUGUAUAUAGGCAGCACCACGCGGGCACUAAAGGUACGUAUAGGAGAACACAGAUCACGCAUCCGCAAUAAAGUGAUGGAAGCCCCUCUUACACCUCAUUUUUUACAAAUGAAACACAGUGACUCCGAUUUAAUGUUUUUUGGCUUAUGGCAGUACACACCCAAAAAAUACCACAAGCAGGAUAUCCUAAAAAUAUUGAGACAACAAGAAACUAAAUUGAUUUUUAUGUUUAAGACAUUACAACCGGACGGUUUAAACUCAGAUCUUGACCUUUCUGUAUUCAUUUAAACGAACACACUAGCAGUAUAACAUACAGUAAUCAUAGAGAUACUGUAAGUGUUAUCAGUACUCACAUUCUUCUGCCCCCUCCUAAUUGUCAUCUUUAAUUAUUAUCACCUGUGAACCAACUUUUUGUAUAUAAGUGUGCUCCAAACACAGGAUAUUUGCUUAGUCAAUACAUGCUCAAACCAAAAAUACUCUGAAUACAAGAAAUGUAAGUAUCUCUUUUUGUGUACAUGUAUUUUAGAAAUUGUAUUACUGUAUUAUUUCAAACAAUAAUUAGAAUUUGAUUUGUAUUACCAGUGAAUAUGUAAAUGAGAGAACCUUUUGAAAAAACACCUGAGCAUUGUGGCCUAAGCCAAGAUAAGUGGUUUCAUACAAAUUUGAAUGCACUAAACAUAAAAGUACAAGGAGAACUACUGAAGAAGCCCGUCAUAUGGGCGAAACAGGCAAAAAAACGCCGGCAGCCUGUCUACUACCAUUGACACCUCGUUCGACCUGCUGCCACUUGCUGACCGCUAGAUAGCCUCAAAGACUAUAAAGACUGGUUUGCCUUUAAUUUGUACAUGCUAUCUGUUUAACGUUUGAUUUUGGCUCUUGUGUCAGCACUUGUAUAUGGUUCUCUUAUUGUUUUCUCUUUGGAUUAAUAAUACUUGAUUGAAACUGGAUUGAAUUUGGUGCCUUUGCGUGCUGCUUGUUUUAUUUUGGACUUUUGAAGAAAUUGGCAGCAUUAGCCCAUCAUCUUUGUUUU